AUGUACCAAAAGCUACUAAGUAUCGGGCAAGUAGUCCCCAUGCCUUUGACACCCCUACAACCACCUUACCCCAGUUGGUAUAAGCCGGAUCUCACUUGUGAAUACCAUGCCGGUAUAGCUGGACACAACAUCCAUACCUGCAACGCCUUCAAGAGAAAACUUAUGCAACUGAUCAAAGCAGGAUGGAUAGCAUUUGAAGAUGCCCCUAAUGUGAAUGUGAACCCUCUACCCAAUCAUGCUUCAGGUAGUGGGUCUGUAAACAUGUUGGAAGUGGAACACUUAAAAAUCUUAAAGGUGUCAAUGGAUAGGAUCUACCAAAUGAUGGUAGAUGCAAGGUACAAAGAGGGUAGCGAGAAGUGCUGUGAACUUCAUAAUGUAAAAGGCCAUGUGAUCAGCCAUUGCGAGGGCUUUCACAAAAAAGUGAUGCAAAUGAUGAGUCGUGGGUUGCUACGAAUUGAGAAAGCAACAAGUGGAGAGGUGUUCAUGAUGGAGGCACCAAAUAAAGAGGUGUGUCGAGUACAAUUCACUACCGGAAAGCCACCCAAAUUGGUCCUAUCCAAACCAGUAGUGGAACAUAAAGGGAAUUAUAUCGCUUUACCUCAUGAUUAUGGGUAUUCUUUCAAAAGCACUCAGCAACCGCCUAUUUUUCAAGCAGAAAUUGGGGGAUUGACCCGUAGUGGCAAAUGUUUCACUCCAGAAGAGCUGGAAAAACAAAGAAAAGCUAAGGGUAAAGAGGAGGUUGACGUGACUGAGGAAAUAAACAAACCUGUCACGGAAGAGGAAACCAGCGAAUUCUUAAAGCUGAUGAAACACAGUGAAUAUAGUGUUGUUGAACAACUCAAGAAAACUCCAGCAAGAAUAUCAUUAUUUUCUCUUAUUUUAAGCUCUGAGCCACACAGGAAGGCUCUACAAAAGGUAUUGAAUGAAGCAUACGUUCCUCAAGACAUCAAUCAAGAAGCCAUGGAACAUUUAGUGGGAAGAAUCCAGGCCUCGAAUUAUAUAUACUUCACUGAAGAUGAAUUGAGUCCUGAUUGUAUUGGGCACAAUAAGCCACUAUACAUUACGGUGCGUUGCAAGGAUAUUCUGAUCAGAAAGAUACUCAUCGAUAAUGGUUCUGCACUGAACGUCCUACCAAUGCAUAUGCUGAAAGAAAUGGACAAAUAA